AUGCUGCCGCCGGAGCUGCAGCCUCGAUCAUUCCGCCCCUACAUAUCAAGCUCGAGCAGCGCUCCCUCAUUCUCCUUCUCCAAUUCCCAAUCCCAGCAAAGCUCGAACCCUAGCUCCACCGAAUCGAAUUCGUCAUCCCAGAGCCAUGGCAACCAGCGUGGUCACUCCGCUUCCCCUUCCACAUCCUCAUCCUCCAGAUCCAUCAAGAACCCCUCCGGCUUCACCCACAACUACCGGAUCGCGAUGGCGCUGGUUCCCUCCGCCAUGUUCCUGCUGGACCUGGGCGGCGCCCCUGUAGCAUCCGUUCUGGUGGUGGGGCUGAUGAUCUCCUACAUCCUGGACUCCGUGGUGACCUCAAAGGUUCCCUCCUUCUUCGGCGUGUGGCUCACACUCAUAUUCUCCCAACUCUGCUUCUUCCUCUUCGCCUCGCCCUCACUCUUCGCCACCUUCAGCUCUUCCCUCCCUCUCACCCUCCUCUCCUCAUUCCUCUGCGCCCACACCACCUUCCUCGUCGGCGUCUGGUGCUCCCUCAACUUCCGCUUCCUCCCUCUCGAGAACCCUUCCAUCGCUCUCUCCCUCGAGCGCCUCCUCUUCGCCUCCGCCCCUAUCUCCGCCUCAUCCAUUUUCACCUGGGCCACUGUCUCCGCUGUCGGUAUCCGCAAUGCCGCCUACUACCUCGCCGCCUUCAACUCCCUCUUCUACUGGCUCUUCUCCAUUCCCCGCCUCUCCUCCUUCAAGACCACCCCCAGGGCCAGGUUCCAUGGCGGCGAAGUUCCUCACGACAGCUACAUCCUCGGACCCCUCGAAAGCUGUGUCCACACCCUCUACCUUCUCUUCCUACCGCUUGUCUUUCACCUUGGUUCGCACUACGCCCUCGUUUUCUCCUCUGCUGCUGCCUUCUGCGACCUCAUUCUCCUGUUCUUCCUGCCGUUUUUGUUUCAGCUCUAUGCCUCCACCAAGGGUGCUUUGUGGUGGGUCACCAAGAAUGAGAACCAGGUUCAUAGCAUAAGGGUCGUCAAUGGUGCUGUGGCUUUGGUGGCUGUUGUCGUUGCUUUGGAGGUUAGGGUGGUUUUCCACUCGUUUGGGAGGUACAUUCAGGUGCCCCCACCCUUGAAUUAUGUUCUGGUCACCAUCACUAUGCUUGGAGGGGCUGCUGCCGCUGGUUCCUAUGCCAUGGGGAUGGUCUCGGACGCCCUCAGCUCUGUGGCUUUUACCACCUCCGCCAUUGUGGUCAGCGCUGCCGGAGCUGUCGUCAUUGGGUUCCCAGUGUUGUUCCUUCCUCUGCCUGCAGUUGCCGGAUUUUAUUUGGCUCGAUUUUUUGAAAAGAAGAGCCUGCCAUCUUACUUUGCUUUUGUUGUUCUCGGGAGUUUAAUGGUUACAUGGUUUGUGCUUCACAACUUCUGGGAUUUAAAUAUUUGGCUAGCAGGCAUGUCCCUGAAAUCUUUCUGCAAACUUAUAAUAGCAAAUGCUGUCCUGGCAAUGGCUAUUCCUGGUUUAGCUCUUCUACCUUCGAAGUUAAAAUUUUUAUCCGAGAUUGGCUUGAUAAGCUAUGCAUUACUCUUAUGCUACAUCGAGAAUCGGUUCUUCAAUUACUCCAGCAUUUACUAUUAUGGGUUUGAGGAUGAGGUGAUGUAUCCUAGCUAUAUGGUUGUGAUGACAACUUUAUUGGGUUUGGGUUUGGUGAGAAGGCUACAUGUGGAUCAACGAAUCGGAGGAAAAGCAGUAUGGAUUUUGACUUGUCUUUAUUCUUCAAAGCUCGCCAUGUUGUUUAUUGCAUCAAAGUCUGUAGUAUGGGUAUCGGCUCUUCUAUUAUUAGCUGUUACCCCUCCAUUGCUUCUUUAUAGGGAUAGAUCAAAAACAGGUUCUAGGAUGAAAUCUUGGCAAGGUUAUGCGCAUGCCUUUGUGGUUGCCUUAUCUGUAUGGUUUUGUCGUGAAACGAUUUUUGAAGCACUUCAGUGGUGGAAUGGAAGGUCUCCUUCAGAUGGUUUAAUCCUGGGAUCAUGCAUUCUCUUGACUGGAUUGGCUUGUAUUCCCAUUGUCGCUGUUCAUUUCUCUCAUGUUUUGUCUGCCAAAAGAAGCCUAGUGCUGGUAGUGGCAACUGGUCUGCUUUUUAUUCUGAUGCAGCCCCCUCUCCCUUUGUCAUUGACUUACCAGUCAGACCUAAUCAAGACUGCCCGCCAUUCGGCUGAUGAUAUCUCAAUUUAUGGCUACAUGGCGGGGAAGCCUACCUGGCCUUCUUGGUUGCUUAUUAUUGCAAUUUUGCUCUCUCUAGCAUCUGUUACAUCUAUCAUACCCAUUAAAUAUAUUGUUGAAUUAAGGACAUUUUAUUCCAUUGCAAUGGGGGUUGCCCUGGGAGUCUACAUUUCUGCUGAAUACUUUGUCUGGACAGGCAUUCUGCAUGUUCUCAUUGUGGUCACAAUGGUUUGUGCCUCUGUAUUUGUUGUCUUCACUCAUCUGCCAUCUGCCUCAAGCACAAAGCUUUUGCCCUGGGUAUUCGCUCUGCUUGUGGCUCUCUUUCCAGUUACUUAUCUUUUGGAGGGCCAACUGAGAAUUAAAAAUAUUCUUAAAGACACUGAAAUAGGAAAUUUGGGCGAGGAGGAGAGGAAUCUUACAACAUUGCUAGCCAUUGAGGGGGCCAGGACAUCUCUUCUUGGUUUGUAUGCAGCAAUCUUUAUGCUAAUAGCCUUGGAGAUAAAAUAUAAACUUGCUUCAAUUUUAAGGGAGAAGGCUAUUGAUAUAGGUGGCAUUAGACACAGCAAUUCCGGUCAAAGUGCAUCUGCUAGUUUCCUUCCAAGAAUGAGAUUCAUGCAGCAUCGCCGGGCUUCUACUGUUCCCUCCUUUACAAUUAAGAGGAUGGCUGCUGAUGGAUCCUGGAUGCCUGCCGUUGGCAAUGUUGCCACAAUUAUGUGUUUCGCUAUAUGCCUAGUCUUGAAUAUCAACCUUACCGGUGGUUCGAACCGUGCCAUAUUUUUCCUGGCUCCUAUCCUGCUGCUACUGAAUCAAGAUUCUGAUUUUGUUGCUGGUUUUGGGGACAAACAUAGAUAUUUUCCUGUGGUUGCUGUUAUAUCUGUCUACUUCGUUUUGACAGCCCUCUACAGCAUAUGGGAAGAUGUCUGGCAUGGUAAUACAGGAUGGGGUCUUCAAAUCGGUGGGCCUGACUGGAUAUUUGUGGUAAAGAACUUGGCCCUCCUUGUUCUCACGUUCCCAAGUCAUAUACUGUUCAACAGGUAUGUAUGGAGCUUUACAAAGCAGAGUGAUUCACCCCCGUGGAUAACCUUACCCCUUAAUCUGCUCCCUAUUGCAUGUACAGAUAUUCUCAAGAUUAAGAUCUUGGGUAUAUUAGGAGUUAUAUAUUCCCUGGCUCAGUAUCUAAUCACUAGGCAACAGUAUAUUUCUGGCCUCAAGUACAUCUAAAUGAGAACAUAGUCUGUACGAUAGUCUUUUCUUUUAAUCUUGGUACACUGCUGCCUCUGCUUGUCAUGCCUAAAUUUGUGUGCUGAGGAAUACGUUGAAAUGCCUUAUUUUUGUUAUCGCUAAUGGUUGGUCGUAUAACAGAGGUUGAAAAGAUAUGAAUUAGUUUUCUCUUCUGUCUUGA